GUAGAUUGAAGUUUUUGGCAACAGUUUAUUCCUGCCAAAUCAUCUGAUCAAGUGGAAUGCUUCAUUAUAUUUAGUGUUGAGCAAAUUCUUCACCUUCUUAGUUAGAAUCAGAGUAGAAGAGAGUAUAAGUUAUGUUAAAAACAACAACCCAAGAACAUCACAAGAAUAUUCAUUGACAUGUAGGGAUUAUGCUGACAGACAGUCAAGUUCAGUCCAGAACAUUUUCAGAUCGUUUCAAAGAGCUAUAGGUUCUGAGCAUUGUAAAAAUAUAGCAUUCAGUUCUCCACUGCAUCCAAGCACAGCAGUGGAGAGUGGAGGCUAAGGAGGAGCUUAUCACAGCUCACCGUUUCUCAGCCACCUAGAGUUGGUGUAAGUUAAACCCUCAAGAAAGCAGUUUAAAUUUACCCUGUUGGCAGAGAAUCCAUCUCCUAUCUUUCUGGACAUGGCUCCCUCCCUUGACUUGUCUCCAUCCCCGUAUACCAAAUGGAAUACCGUCAGCAGAACUAGGAUAAGAUGUGGCAGAAUCAGUGGUGCAGGAGAAUGGGUGGGAGACCAAAGACAUGGCAAUGGAGUUUACUACUACAUGAAUGGAGAUACCUACACUGGAGAAUGGCUUAACCACUAUAGGCACGGGCAAGGUACAUACCUCUAUGCAGAGACUGGCUCUAAAUAUGUUGGUGGCUGGGUAAAUGGGCAACAGGAAGGAGCAGCUGAACUUAUUCAACUAAACCACAGAUACCAGGGCAAGUUUGUGAAUGGAAAUCCAAUAGGUCGUGGGAAGUAUGUCUUUGAUAUUGGGUGUGAACAGCAUGGUGAAUACACACAUUUAGAUCAGGAUAAAGGGGAAGAAGAGGAAGAGGAGGAAUCUCAGUCAAUUAUUCCAAAAUGGAAAGCAAAAAAUAUUACUAAAUUAACUCUGUGGACACCAGGGGUUGAAAAACCACCACCUCCUGAAGAGCCUCCAGCAGCAGAAGAGAUACCAGAAACUGCAGUUGCUGAGGAACCUGUUGCUGAGGAACCUGUUGAGGUUGGGGAACCUCCUGCUGAAGCUACAGAGCCCACUGAAGAUCUAUUCCCAUCUAAGGAGGGAGAAGAAGAGGAGGAAGGGGGCAAAGAAGAUCAAGUGGAUCAGGUAAAUACUAGUUUAGAGGAGAAGGAGGAGGAAUCAAAGGAAUCAGAGGAGGCAGAAACAGGUAAAGAAGAAUAAAACCAAAUAAGGAAAUUACACAGAAAAAAGCUAGGUACCAUAGCCCUGUAUUAUUCUUAUUUAAUUGAAAGCUCUGUUACACUGUUUUGAAUAAACAUAUUUUUCUGCGUA